AAGACACCUAUCACUUCCUGCUUGGGUCCUUCCUGCGGGUGAACAAAGAUGGCGGCCUCCGUGUUGUGCAGGAGGACAGCGGUGUUAUGUCGGACUUUCCGGGGGGUUUCACCGCAAGCCGCGGGCUGUCAGUGCGGGACUGUGCUGCAGACCGCGGGCUACAACCCCAAACCGCUGCGGCUGAACCUCCGGGACCCGCACAUCCCGGACAAGCGCAGCGACGCGACCCCGGAGUGGCAGAAGACGGCCCGGUACGACGGGAAGCUGUUCGGCCGCUACGGCUCCGCGUCGGGGGUCGACCCCGCGUCGCUGUGGCCGAGCCCCGGGCAGCUGGACGGGAUCAUCGCGGAGGAGAAGCAGUGGCAGCCUCCGCUGGAGGAGAUGCUGCGGAGCAUGGAGCUGCAGGAGAAGGAGGAGACCGAGAAGCGACGGGCCAAAGAAAGAGUCAUCGCAGCGAACAUGGCCAAAAUGCCCAAGAUGAUCUCAGACUGGCGUCGGGAAAAGCGUGAAACCAAACAGAGGCUGAAGGAGGACAAGGACCGGCGUGGGAAGUUGCUGAAUCAGGCCAGGGAGCGCUUCGGCUACGCGCUGGACCCCCGCAGCCCCAAGUUCGUGGAAAUGGUUGCAGAGAUCGAAGCGGAAGACAAGAAGAAAAGGAAACUGAUGAAACGCAGACAGAAAGAAGAGCAGACGGCGGGAGCUCCGGUCACGUCACCCGCUGCCUCGUCAUAGUCUGACGUUAACUGAGCGUGUUUAAUGAGAGGAAAAGUACAACACGGCCGAGUGGGACAGUCGUUAAAGUAUCUGAAGAACAGUUUGAUCCUUAUUGAUGACAUCAGACAUCUGACCUGAAUCAAACAGAACCUCCUCCAUCUUCUUUUCUUCAGUAGAAAUGUGUAUUUGGAUUUGUUUGCCCUGUUCUUUGUGUGGAAACGUUUCUUGACCGAUGUAUUUAACUGUCACUGAAAUAAAUUAAUCUCUGUGAAGAUUGAA